AUGCGUCCCAUCCGUCUGAGCAGAGGAUCUGAGCUGAUCCCGCAAAGUCCGGCGCUGGAGUGGACGCUCUACCCCCGCAGCACCUGGGGAGGGCCGGCUCCAAGGCGCCGCGAGCCGGAGACCCGCUUGCUGAGUCGGGCUCCGGGCCGGGCGUGCGCGCCGCUGGCGGCGCGGCUGGCCUGGGCGAGCGGCCGCCUCCCGCGGGGUGACCUCAAACUGCUGGGCCGUCAGGAGCUGCGACCGAAGAGAUUCUGCUUCGGGGGCUCUGUGUUUGAGAAGGAUGAGGACAGUCCGUCUGAAGACAGGAGUGAACUGAAGGCAUCCCCCACCCCAAGCAGGAGGAAGAGGCGGCGGCACAGUACUGUUUUCACUGCCCACCAGCUGGAAGAGCUGGAGAAGGCAUUCAGCGAGGCCCACUACCCUGACGUGUAUGCCCGGGAAAGGCUUGCUGUGAAAACUGAGCUCCCUGAAGACCGAAUACAGAGCCCUGAGCUACAGACACCUCUAAGCAUCCUUCUUCACUCUGUCUUCUCCUGUGUGCCUCUCUGCUUCCCUCUUGCCUCAAACCAGGUCUGGUUUCAAAACCGGAGGGCCAAGUGGCGCAAACGGGAGAAGCGCUGGGGCGGCAGCAGCGUGAUGGCGGAGUAUGGGCUCUAUGGGGCAAUGGUGCGACACUGCAUCCCACUGCCUGACUCUGUCCUCAACUCCACUGACGGUGGCCUGGUUGGCUCCUGUGCACCCUGGCUCCUGGGGAUGCAUAAAAAAUCCAUAGGGAUGAUAAGGAAACCAGGAAGUGGAGAAAAGAUGGCAGGACUCUGGGACUCUGACCACUUCAAGGAAGGUUCUAGCCCAAGUCAGGCAGGACCCCAGAAAUGCUCAGACGAAGGCAGCCCUGAGAACGGCUUGGAAGAUGUGGCCAUUGACCUCUCCAGCUCCGCCCGGCAGAAGACCAAGAGAGCAUACCAGGGGGCCAGCUCCCAAGGAUGCUCAGACUCCGAGGCGCUGGAGGGGCUCCUGCCCGGGAGGGUGGGGGCUCUCUGA